AAGGGUACCCAAGCGUCCUGCGCAAUAUGCAAAAGGGUAAUGAUGAUUGUGUAAUCUCGAUGUUUCCAUAUCACUCUGCAUCAGAUAGAUGCGGCAACCCUGUCUUUUCCCACUUCAACCGCUUCUCGUCAAUUUCUUCUGCUUCCCACGCCUCCUCCUGCUACAUCAUCUCAUCUCAUCUCGAUCUCGAGGCACACCGGUCUUUGCCGUGCCGUGCAACCUAGUCCACCGCCUCGCUGCCUCAGUAAAACACAGAAAAUCGCAUCUGAUACACCCGCGCCAGGAACGCAUGUUUGGUCUAUUUGCGUCGAUAAGCGCGACAACGAGAGUUUUGUGUGGAAUGUUUGUUCCCUUAGGGACUCGGCUAGUGGAGAGGGUGCAACACGCAAGCGCCAUGCCACUGUAUGGGGUAAAUUUGGAUCUGUACCAAGACUGUUAGAUCCGCCUAGCGCUGCAGUAGCCAAAGCUUGGUAUGUUGGCAGCAGAAAGACAUCUGCGACAGCCUGACCCUCUUCCCUCAGAGUAUCUGCAUCAGCAAGCGACGACACGACAAAAACACUGCAACUCUUCGUAGCCUCCAGCCUACGUGGCAGUGUGACUCUUACUUCCCAGCCCCAAGAUGUAGCCCCA